GCGCCGCGCCGCGCUCUGCUUCGCUGCCCGCCCCUCUGGGAGUCCUGGUUCCACCUCGGACCGGCGCGAUGGGCAAGAAGGGCAAGAAGGAGAAGAAGGGCCGCGGGGCGGAGAAGACGGCCGCCAAGAUGGAGAAGAAGGUGUCCAAGCGCUCGCGGAAGGAGGAGGAAGACCUGGAAGCUCUCCUCGCGCACUUCCAGGCACUGGACGCCACCAAGACUCAGGUCGUGGAGACACCGUGCCCCCCGCCUUCUCCAAGGUUGCACGCCUCCUUGUCUGCGCAUCCUGACAAAGAUGAAUUAAUCCUUUUCGGAGGUGAAUAUUUCAAUGGCCAAAAAACAUCUGUGUAUAAUGAACUCUACACCUACAGUAUCAGGAAGGACGCCUGGACCAAAGUGGAGAUCCCCAACCCGCCCCCGAGGCGCUGUGCUCACCAGGCUGUGGUGGUGCCCCAAGGUGGGGGUCAGCUGUGGAUCUUCGGAGGGGAGUUUGCCUCUCCCGACGGAGAGCAGUUCUACCACUACAAGGAUCUCUGGGUCCUGCAUUUGGCCACCAAGACUUGGGAGCAAGUAAGGGCAACAGGAGGCCCUUCAGGUCGGAGUGGACAUCGGAUGGUAGCCUGGAAGAGACAGUUAAUACUUUUCGGUGGCUUCCAUGAGACUACGAGAGAUUACAUCUACUACAAUGACGUGUACGCCUUUGACCUGGACAUGUUCACGUGGAGUAGACUGUGCCCUUCGGGGACUGGGCCCACCCCCAGAUCGGGCUGCCAGAUGUCUGUCACUCCCCAGGGCAGCAUUGUCAUCUACGGGGGCUACUCGAAGCAGAGAGUCAAGAAGGACGUGGACAGAGGCACGCAGCAUUCCGACAUGUUCCUGCUGCAGCCUGUGGAUGGAAGGGAAGGCAAGUGGGGAUGGACGCGUAUUAACCCUGCGGGAGCCAAGCCCACCCCGAGGUCUGGCUUUUCGGUGGCUGUGACCCCGAAUCAUCAGACGCUGCUGUUUGGGGGCGUGUGUGACGAGGAAGAGGAGGAGAGCCUGGAGGGGGACUUCCUCAAUGACCUGCACUUCUAUGACGCCACCAGGAACCGCUGGUUUGCGGGGCAGCUGAAGGGACCUAAGUCAGAGAAGAGGAAACGGAGGAGGGGCAGAAAAGCAGAGCCCGAAGGUGCCGACAAGCAGGAGCGCGGGGGGGCCGGUGCCCAGGAGCCCCUGGAGGUGGUCAGAGAGGUGGUCGCAGAGGACGGGACCGUGGUCACCAUUAAACAGGUUCUUGCCGCCCCAGUCCCGGCGGGACAGCCACAGUCCGAGGAGGAGGACAGCCCCGACGAAGCCGGUGGCCCCGUGGUGGAGCCCAGUCCCCGCUCCAACGCCAUGCUGGCCGUGAAGCACGGGCGGCUCUACCUGUACGGGGGCAUGUUUGAGGCAGGUGACCGCCAGGUCACCCUUAGUGACCUGUACUGCCUGGAUCUCCACAAGAUGCAGGAGUGGACGGCCUUGGUGGAGGCGGACCCAGGAGCUCAGGAGUGGCUGGAGGAGACGGAGUCAGAAGAAGACAGUGACGAGGACGCCGAGGGCGGAAGUGACGACGAGGACAGUGGCGACAGCGGCGGGGAGGCUGGGGGUGAGUGUGGUGCGCAUGCCGGCGCCGGGCGGCAGGAGACCCACGGCAGAGCAGCUCCGGAGCCAAGCACCCCCUGCCGGACCUAGAGCUCAGGGGUCGCUUUGCUCCCAAAGCCCCGAUUUUUGCUGGUAAUGAGAGACUUUCAUGCUUCAGUAAAGUUCUAUUAAAACGUGGCUUUACUUCGUAGACGCCCUCUCAAGGCGA